AUGCACGCAGGGAGUCUCUCUACCGAUCCCAUUGACUUUACGUACAUUUGUUUAAUUCCUAAAAAGGAGGGGGUUGAACGGGCCAACGACUAUCGACCUAUUAGCCUGUUGAACGGGAUCCAAAAGAUCCUAUCUAAGGUCCUGGCCAACUGCCUUGAGCGGGUCAUGGAGGACCUUAUAUCCCCUUCUCAGUCGGCUUUCUUGAAAGGAAGGAACAUCACAAACGCCUUCGCGACGGUGUCUGAACUUAUUAGCUGGGGCACCAAGACGGCUGUGGAGGGGGUAGGGGUCAAGCUGUCGCCCCUGUUCUCGCGCCCUGACAUGCUUUCCCUCUUCAUCAUUCUCAAAUUUUGCGGCACCCUCGUCGCCGUCAUUGUCUAUGGCUACACAUUUUGUCGUCCACAGUCAUGCGCUCCGCUAUAG